ACCGUGGAGCAUGGCUUCCCCAACCAGCCCAGCGCCCUGGCAUUUGACCCGGAACUUCGCAUCAUGGCCAUCGGCACCAGAUCUGGGGCUGUCAAGAUCUAUGGUGCCCCCGGUGUGGAGUUCACGGGCCUGCACCGGGACGCGGCUACUGUCACCCAGAUGCACUUCCUGCCUGGCCAGGGCCGCCUCCUGACCCUGCUGGAUGACAGCAGCCUGCACCUCUGGGAGAUCAUCCCCCACAGCGGCUGUGCUCGCCUGGAGGAGGCACUCAGCUUCCAGCCACCCAGCCGGCCUGGCUUUGAGGGUGCCAGUACCCUGCCUGGCCUCACCCGCAUCACAGUGGUCCUGCUGCUGGCUGCUGGCGACAUGGCAGCUCUGGGCACCGAGGGUGGCAGUGUCUUUUUCCUGGAUGUCACCACCCUGACGCUGCUUGAGGCGCAGACCCUCGGCCCAGAGGAGGUUCUGCGAAGCCUACCUGAUGACUACCGGUGCGGGAAGGCACUGGGCCCCGUGGAGUCGCUCCAGGGACACCAGCGGGACCCCACUAAGAUCCUCAUCGGCUACAGCCGGGGCCUGCUGGUCAUCUGGAACCGGGCCGUGCAGCGUGUGGCCCACAUCUUCCUGGGGAACCAGCAGCUGGAGAGCCUGUGCUGGGGGCGCGGCGGGGGCACCACUGUCAGCUCACACACUGACGCUGUCCCGCCCCUAGGCCCCUUUCCCUGCAAGGCCGUCAACAAGAUUCUGUGGCGGAGCUGUGAAUCUGGGGGCCACUUCAUCAUCUUCAGUGGGGGGAUGCCCCGGGCCAGCUAUGGUGAUCGUCACUGUGUGAGCGUGCUGCGGGCCGAGACCCUGGUGACGCUGGACUUCACCUCCCGCAUCAUCGACUUCUUUACGGUGCACAGCACGCGGCCCGAGGACGAGUUUGACGACCCCCAGGCCCUGGCCGUGCUGCUGGAAGAGGAGCUGGUAGUGCUGGACCUGCAGACCCCCGGGUGGCCAGCCGUGCCCGCGCCCUACCUGGCCCCGCUGCACUCGUCCGCCAUCACGUGCUCAGCCCACGUGGCCAACGUCCCCGCUAAGCUGUGGGCCCGCAUCAUCAGCGCCGGCGAGCAGCAGAGCCCCCAGCCUACCUCCAGUGCUGCGAGCUGGCCCAUCACCGGGGGCCGCAACCUGGCUCAGGAGCCAUCACAGCGGGGGCUGCUGCUGACCGGCCAUGAGGACGGCACCGUGCGGUUCUGGGACGCCUCAGGGGUGGCGCUGCGGCCGCUCUACAAACUGAGCACGGCUGGGCUCUUCCAGACAGACUGCGAGCACGCGGACAGCCUGGCCCAGGCUGCUGAGGACGACUGGCCGCCCUUCCGCAAGGUGGGCUGCUUUGACCCCUACAGCGACGACCCCCGGCUCGGCGUGCAGAAGGUCUCACUUUGCAAGUACACCGCUCAGAUGGUGGUGGCCGGCACUGCAGGCCGGGUGCUGGUGCUGGAGCUCAGCGACGUGCCGGCCGAGCAGGCGGUCAGCGUGGCCAGCGUGGACCUCCUCCAGGACCGUGAGGGAUUCACGUGGAAGGGCCACGAGCGGCUGAGCCCACGCACGGGGCCGCUGCCCUGGCCUGCCGGCUUCCAGCCCCGCGUGUUGGUGCAGUGCCUGCCGCCAGCCGCCGUCACCGCCGUCACGCUCCAUGCCGAGUGGAGCCUCGUGGCCUUUGGCACCAGUCACGGCUUUGGCCUCUUCGAUUACCAGCGCAAGAGCCCCGUGCUGGCCAGGUGCACCCUUCACCCCAACGACUCCUUGGCCAUGGAGGGGCCGCUGUCCCGGGUGAAGUCGCUCAAGAAGUCUCUGCGCCAGUCUUUCCGGCGCAUCCGCAAGAGCCGCGUGUCGGGCAAGAAGCGCGCUCCCAGUGCCAGCAGUAAGUUGCAGGAGGCCAAUGCGCAGCUGGCGGAGCAGGCCUGCCCCCAUGACGUGGAGGUGACGCCGGUGCAGCGUCGCAUCGAGCCCCGCUCUGCCGACGACUCCCUCUCGGGUGUCGUGCGCUGCCUCUACUUUGCCGACACGUUCCUCCGAGACGCAGCCCACCAUGGGCCCACCAUGUGGGCAGGCACCAACUCAGGCUCCGUGUUCGCCUACGCGCUGGAGGUGCCAACAGCGUCGGCGGGCGGCGAGAAGCGGCCGGAGCGGGCGGGGGAGGCCGUGCUGGGCAAGGAAGUGCAGCUGAUGCACCGGGCACCUGUGGUGGCCAUUGCCGUGCUGGACGGGCGUGGGCGGCCGCUGCCCGAGCCCCACCCAGGGGCUGUGGGGACAAGGACAGGCCUCUGCCCCCCGGCCGCCUGCCACCAGGUGUUCACGCUGCCCAAGGUGAGCGCCAAGACCAAGUUCAAGCUGACGGCCCACGAGGGCUGCCGCGUGCGCAAGGUGGCGCUGGCCACUUUCACCAGCGUGGCCUGCGAGGACUAUGCCGAGACCUGCCUGGCCUGCCUGACCAACCUGGGCGACGUGCACGUGUUCUCCGUGCCCGGCCUGCGGCCCCAGGUGCACUACCCCUGCAUCCGCAAGGAGGACAUCAGCGGCAUCGCCUCGUGUGUCUUCACACGCCACGGCCAGGGCUUCUACCUGGUGUCCCCCUCGGAGUUCGAGCGCUUCUCCCUGAGCGCCCGCAACAUCACUGAGCCACUCUGCUCUCUGGACAUCAGCUGGCCCCAUGGUGCCACCCGGCCCAGGCUCCGAGAGUCGCCCAAGCUGAGCCAAGCUAACGGGACCCCGAGCAUCAUCCUGGCCCCUCAGAGCUGCGAUGGAAGCCCCGAUCCCACCCACAGCAAGGGAGCUGACACCCCAGAGCUGCCCGAGGCCACCCUCUCGCCCAUGUCCGUCGACUCGGCCACCAGUGCUGACACCACGCUAGACACGACAGGGGAUGUCACGGUGGAGGACGUGAAGGAUUUCCUGGGCGCUUCGGAAGAGUCCGAGCAGAACCUGAGGAACCUGGCGGAAGAUGAGGCCCGAGCCUGCACCAUCCUGAUCAAAUGAGGGAGCCAGUGCCCUCCAGCCACGCCUACCCACGGAGCUGGGGCCAGGAUCCUGGCCCCAGACAGCCCUGCACCUGCUAACCAUGGGCUGUGGGGGACUGGCCGUCCCUGCCCAGGCAGUCCGAGCCCUCCCGGCCCCUUCCACCCCACCUCAACCCUUGCAGAGAGUAUUUUUCUAACGCCCGGGCUGGGCUGGACAUUCGUUUCUAAAACUAUUUUGGUACUUGCUCCUGGGCCAGCCCCUCAGCCUGCAUGAGUGUGAGAGAGACUGGGAGCCCUGCUGGCACCCCCGCUCGGCCCAGCCAGGGCAGUGUAUGUGUGUGUGUGUGUGUGUGUGUGUGUGUGUGUGAGAGAGAGACUGGGAGCCCUGCUGGCACCCCUGCUCGGCCCAGCCAGGGCAGUGUGUGUGUGUGUGUGUAUGUGUGUGUGUUUGGCGUGAGGAUGGUUUCCCUGUAGAUUGUACCGCGGGUUUUUUUUUCUGUCAUUUUGUUAAAAUUAGUGCCAUUUUAAUAUUAAAAAUACUGAUUUUUUU